AUGGGCUGUCAUUCCCCUACCAAUGGCAGCAGCAGCACCAUUAAUCCAACAAACAUGUGCUGUUAUCCACCUACAAAUGGCAGCAGUAGCACCUUUAAUCCCACCAACAUGGCUUGUCAUCACCCUACAAAUGGCAGGAGCAGCACCACUAAUCCCACCAACAUGUUCUGUCAUCCCCCUACAAAUUGUAGCAGCAGCACCACUAAUCCCACCAACAGAGCCUAUCGUCCCCCUAAAAAUGACAGCAGCAGCACCACUAAUCCCACCAGUAUGGCCUGUCAUCCCUCUGCAAUUGGCAGCAGCAGCACUACUAAUCCCACCAACAUGGUAUGUCAUCCCCUUACAAAUGGCAGCAGCAGUUCCACUAAUCACACCAACAUGGCCUGUCAUCCCCCUUCAAAUGGUAGCAGCAGCAGCACUAAUCCCACCAUCAUGGCCUGUCAUCCCUCUACAAAUGGCAGUAGAAGCACCACUAAUCCCAGCAACAUGGCCUGUCAUUCCCUUACAAAUGGCAGUAGCAGUACCACUAAUCCCAACAACAUGGCUUGUCAUUCCCCUAAAAAUGGCAGCAGCAGCACCUCCAGUCCCACCAACAUAGGCUGUCAUUCCCCUUCAAAUGACAGUAGCAGCACCACUAAUCCCAACAACAUGGCUUGUCACCACCUGCAAAUGGCAGAAGCAGCACCACUAAUCCCACCAACAUUGCCUGUCAUCCCCCUAGAUCUGGCAGUGCAACACCUCUAA